AUGGAGGAGAAAGACGCAGAGCUUCUCUCCAAAGUCGCUGCGAACCAUUUAUUCCUAGCUCAAUUCGAACCCUUUCGAGCCACCAUCUUGACUCUCCGGUCACGAAACCCAGAACUCGCCAAAGCUAUCCUCCAAACCAUAGUUGCUCGGGGCGGCCGAUUCGACUCGGUGCUCUGGUCCCACUCAUGCUCGUCCCCAGCUCUCCUUACAUUCCUCUGCAUCCUUGAACUUCUCCAAUUCAACGAGCCCACUUCCCCUCUCUGGUCAUUCGAUGCCAAUAGUUUACAAUUACGCGUGGAAUUUGUAUUACAUGUCCAAAUCAUGGUCAGCAGAGUUUCGGAGAGUCUCCGAAAAAGCAUUGAUUUGGAGAAUAUUGAAAAAAACGAAAAGGGUGUUGGUGACCUUGAUUCGCAAGGUGAGAUUUUGGCGGAAAAUGAGGAAUUGAAGAAUGGGGAUUUGCGAGAGUUUUUAAGGAUUUUGGAUACAAUUUCGGAUGUGGGUUUGGCUCGGUUGAAGCCGGAUUUGGGUGUUAUGGUCGAGGGAGAAAGUGAGGGGUUACUAGGAGGUGUUGGGAAAAUUGAGGAAGAGGAGUUAAUGUCUUACAGGUGGGUAAUGUUGGAGAAUGCGGACGUGUUCGAUGCUUUGUCUGGGAAUAUAAAAAAGCAAGUUCAGUGGGCUGAGCAUGAUGAUUCAGGUUUGGCCCUUCUAGUGCGUACGGAAGGGAAUCGGGGAGAGGAGGCUGAGAGGGUGCUUAAGUUGAUACAAAGGAGUGUUCAAAUUGCACAUAUGGAUGCUAUUAAGGAGUGCUUGAAGGAGAGCGAUCUAGAGGGAGCGGUAUCUCAUAUUCGGUUUCUUCACUUGGAUUAUGGAGUUGACGAGACACAGUACCGCAUGAUUUUGCAAGAUCUCCUCAAGAUGGUUAGGUCAGGAAAGGCUGAAUAUGGAGACACUUGGCUUGUCAUGCGAGAUAAAUUUUUGUCAAUAUAUGGAGAAGCUCUUUCAUCAAAUUGCACACGCCUUAUUCAAUUGAUUCAGGGAAGCCCUGCUCAAUGCUGGGGGAAUGUAUUUCUAAGUAUGGGAACUGAUACAUCUCAGUCCACCUUGAUGACCUGUGAAGAAGAGAGAUUUGUCAAGAAGAAGAGGAGUUUUGUCAAUGCAUUCACGGCCCUGAAGGCUAUUCAGGAUGAACUGCUCUCUGAAGAGAUUGAGACACACAGAGCCUCUGACAACAAUCAGACUCCACCCCCUCUUGAGCGUCUACAUAAUUCCAUUGCGAAACUGAAAUCUGAGACAAGUUUAGACAACCAAACGGCACCAUCGAAUAUGGCAAUUUCUACUUGCAAGAGAGACAUGUAUCAUUAUGCUCGUGUUUCUGGAUUGUAUGUGUUGGAAUGCAUCAUGGAUACCUCUCUGUCUGCUGUCAAGAGGGAGCAGCUUCAAGAAGCUAGCAAUUUUCUCUCAUUGUUCCCCCGCCUUCAACCCCUGGUAGCUGUUAUGGGUUGGGAUCUGCUGUCUGGCAAGACAACUGCAAGAAGGAAACUGAUGCAAUUGUUGUGGACAAGCAAGUCACAAGUUUUUCGGCUGGAAGAGUCCUCUCUCUAUGGUAGUAAAUCAGAUGAGGUAUCGUGCAUCGAGCAGCUUUGUGAUUCUUUAUGUUAUCAGCUUGAUCUUGCUUCCUUUGUUGCCUGUGUCAAUUCUGGCCAAUCUUGGAGUUUGAAAUAUUCUUUACUGUUGUCUGGGAAAGAACUUAUAGAACGAGGAAAUGAAGGUGCCCAUUGGGAUCCGUUUGUUGAAAAUUUUGUGCUGGAAAGGCUCGCUUUUCAAAGUCCCCUUCGGGUUUUGUUUGACGUAGUUCCAAGCAUAAAAUUUCAAGAUGCCAUCGAACUGAUUAGCAUGCAGCCGAUCACUUCUAAUCUAGCAGCCUGGAAGAGGAUGCAAGAUAUCGAACUUAUGCACAUGCGUUAUGCUCUGGAAUCUGCUGUUCUAGCACUGGGAGCUAUGGAAAGGACUAUGACUGAUGAAACAGGAAGCCAUCAAAUGGCUAUAUUCCAUUUAAAAAAUCUGAGGAAGCAUCUGGAUGCCAUCAACAAUAAGCCACGCAAGGUUAAUAAGGUAGCAAGGCCAAUAAGCACCUUAGCUGGGAGACAGUUUGUCUUCGACAUUAUAUGUGGAAUUCUAGUUGGCCUUGCAUGUGUGAUAUGCAACUUAAGGGCUCAAAAAGCAACUUGA